UAUAGUAGGUACAAAGUUCAAUUUAUUUUCAUUAUUGUGAAUAUUAUCGUGAAUAGUUUCUUGAAACUACAGGAAUAUGUCUCUAAAGCAAAUGGAGAAGGCUGUUACGAUAAAAGCACCCUGGGGUAAUAUAUCAGGUAUAACAUGGGGCGAGCCGUCAAAUCCACCAGUGCUACUCGCCCCUGGUCGCAUAGUACCCUGUUCUAGUUUUCGUCCCCUAGUUCUGAAACUACCGUCAAGUUUCUUCUAUGUAGCCUUCGAUUUUCCUGGUAACGGGUUGUCUGAUCAUUUGCCCAAGGGGUUGAGGUAUACCAUUUAUGAUUUGAUUCCUACAAUAAAGAAGAUAGUUGAGUAUUAUAAAUGGAAACAAUUUGUCUACAUAGCGCAUUCGCUUGGAACACUUGUAGGUAAACACUUCAAUAUUAUAUAUCCCGGAUAUAUGUCAAAAAUAGUAGAUUUAGACCCGCUACCAGCGUAUCAUACUAUUGAUAACUUGUCCGACUGGUACAAGGAAACCUAUGAAGGUCAUUACGAGGACAAAGGCUACGCAAAACACACUGGCGGGAAGGAAUCUGCGCCGAAAUAUAAAUAUGACCAGGCUAAACAGAUUAUACAAAAGGCUCAAAAGUUAUCGGACGAGGCGAUAGAGCAUAUAAUGGACAGAUAUUUGGAGCCAGCUGGAGAUGGACUCUACAGAUUCACAUACGAUCAACGAAUGAAAAGCGAUUUCAAACUGCCGGUAAAAGCUAAUUAUUUGAAAGAAAUGUAUACAGCUAGUGCCACCCCUACACUAGCGAUUUUUGCGACAGAGACGAAUAAUUAUUUUAAAAAAACACCGUUCGCAAUGGACGAAAAAGCUUGGCCGAACGGAAAUUACAGAUACAAAAUCGUCGAGGGCGGUCACGACGUCCAUCUUGAAAACCCCGACUGCAUGGCCGAUGACAUUUCGAAUUUUUUAUUGGAGUGUAAAUCGAAAUUGUAGUUGUCUUUUCAAAAAAAUAAAAAAUAUGUUAAAAAAAAUAAAUGUGUUUUAUCGAUUAUAAUACAUAUCGUUCUGCGUUUAUUAAAAACUAGCUGCCCGGACAGACUGCGUUCUGUCAAAAGUUAUCAGUAUUUUUUUAAUUAUUAAAAUACCCUUAGUACCAUUCAUUUUUAUUUAUAUCGAUUAUGUUACAAAUUAAAACUUUUUAUUCUGGCUGUGUAAUUGAAUUCACCAGGCUGCAAUAAGAAGCUGGAAAUUAAAAGUAAUAAAAUAUUAGAGACAUUUAUGGUUAUGAAAUUUCGAAUAAUCUUAGUCUCUUUGCUUAAUUAACUGAUGAAAAUAAAUUAACACAUGAAA